AUGAGAUCACCAUCUCGGACUUCCGAUAUGAGUGCUACUCAAUCAACGUCAUUUAUGAACCUCGAUGAGUGCUUGCCAAAAAUUAGACCUUCGCUGCAACCCCCACCCGACUACAAGAACAGUGUUGAAAAGUUUGGCAAACUUUCGAAGCCAAAGAAACGCUCAUCAACUGGACGCGACUCGGGUGUCGCUCGUAUUACGCCGUCGUCUCUUCAUUCAGACUCCUUCGUAGAUCCAGCGGACAAUCAAAAUGAUGUUAGCACGAGCUCACCACCAAUGAAGUAUGAUCGUACGGAAGACUCCUUCGUAGAUCCAGCGGACAAUCAAAAUGAUGUUAGCACAAGCUCACCACCAAUGAAGUAUGAUCGUACGGAAGAGUCACCUGUCGGAGCUGGUCACAUUUCGCGAUCGGAACGACGAACUCAAUCCGUGCGUACGAAAAGU